AUGUCUGAUUUUCUUGGCGGAUGUCGUAUGGAGGGAGAUGACGAAAGCGGUAUCCCCCCCUCUUCUUCGCAAGAGGCAAGAUUGGAAGCUUUCGCGAAUAUGAGCAUGAUGUCGACCUUAUUUCUUAAUAUGUCUACACAAGCUCAAGCGCAACAUUGCAAGGAGUACAUGCGGCUUGUUUGCAUCAAUACCCAAACUACAUCAGUCUUUCCGAAACGUAUAGUCUAA